AUGAGUUUGUGCCGGCCAGAAGCGUCGGCCGAGCGCCUGCGACGAGCUUCGACUGGACUGAGGCGAGGCUCUCGUGUCAAGAAAGUAAGUGUCAUCGUAUCUUGUGUAUGGUAUGUUAUGAGGUGGCAUUACUUUGUAUGAUUAGUUUGAAGGAACUUUCUUUACAGUUUUGGGGUUUUAUAUAUUGUGUCAGAAGGCGCAUAAUUAAUUGAACGGCCUAAUAACUGCCGAAAACUUACUUUACGGUUUUUACAGCCGUAGUAAUUGUCUUUACAGUAAAGAAAAGUCAUUGUAUGUUAAGCAUGAUAGGGUAUUGUAGAUAUCUUUAGACGAUAAAGCAUGGUAUAGUAGCAUAUUAACUACGGUAUCGUAUCUUAUAAUAUAAAUAUAUAUAUUUACAUUACUUUGUCUUUUUUGCAAAAACUUUGUUUCCACUUUCUAUACCUGAAUAUAUAUAUGAACAUAUAACACAUGUAGGUACACGUCCACGUCCAAGUAUGUACAUGUAGAUGUAUGUUGUCGUGUAAGGCAGGUUAAUGAAUGUCGUUACCUGAGUGUAAUCACUUGUUUUGAUGUCCAUGAAUGACAUAUAUAUUCAUUUACCUUACUCUUAUGUGUUUAUUUACCGUGGUAACAUCUUGUUGACAGCCAUGUAUCUCUACUGUUACCGCGUAAGUUAUUCUUAUAUCUUUUGUUUUGCCUGGAGAUUGUCGGAUUUACUGAGUAGUUUGGGGAAAGCGACGUAUGUGUUAUAUACGUUUGUAUGUUAUGAUAUAGCUUACAUUACUUUCAUAUUUUGGGUAUAUGUUUGUAUAUUACCUAUAUAUUAUAUGUAGAUGUGAUGUAGAUGUAGGGGUGUAUAUGUCCCCUUAUAAAUAUACAUAUAUAUGUCUUGUGUCAUAGCUGAGUCUUAACAUAUAUUGCCCAUACAUUGACUUUACAUUAUGUCAUUUACCUUUGCCAACCACUUCCUUACAUGUUCGUAUGUCCGCGUUUACAGUGUAAGGUUGUUCCCAGGUCCCCCUUCGGAAUGUGUGUAGGGCCCUCGAGGAUUAUAUUAUUAAAGAUAUUCGAUUUCAUUAUCGGCUUUCGCUCCUGCCCUCAGGGGUUUUGGCCACAUUAACCUUGACUUUGUCAUAAGCAGCGAAGGUGGUGACAUUAUUUUAGGUAUGCGUCUUAACGCUUUACUCGGUUCUUUGGUGUGUUAUACAUACUUAGUACUCCUACUACAUUAAAGUACUAUAUAGUACCACCACACUUCAUUUUAGUACUGGUACUACAUUGUACGAGUACUGAAUGGUACUAGUACUAUAUAGCACCUUCUCAAAAAGCCCAUAGGAUACCUAUAUCUGGCCAUGAAAUGAUUGUUCCUUGUACUUUUCGACCACCCCCACGUUAAUUACACCCCCAAAAAGUUUUGUCCUAUAUUACACUACACUCGAACAAGAUUGUAUAUUUACUGUUGAUGUAUUGUAAGUACGGACACGAACAUUAUAAUUAACUACCCAUGCAUAUAUUACGUACAUUAACGUAUCUUGGUCGUAUAUUUACACAUUUCACGUGCUGCUUCCGCCAGUUUAUAUAUGAAACGUAUCUGCUUUUGACAACAAACAUGGUCGUAUCUUCGUAGCACAGUGUUUCUUAUAUGUGUAGGUGUGUUGGGAGAUUCUGGAUAACGAUGAGAUGGGGGAAAGGGUAAAGCGGUGGCCCGAGUCCCAGUCUUACCUCUUCAAUAAUUCCUUAUAUCGUAUUUUAUCCCAAAACUUUUGCACCACAAUCAUAUGUUGCGACCUCGUACUCACCAUGAGACUUACCACGUUAAACACUUACCAUGGUACUUACUGUGGUGUUGUUAUUUGUUCGUUGUGCAGACUUCCGGUGCAGCUCUAUCUAGGUGUAUAUCCGGUGUUAAUUUCGGAAUGUUAUGACAAUCCAUGUCAAUAGGAUACGUAGGCACGGUAAAUUUCGCGUCGUAUUUUCACAUAUUUACUUAUUUUACAAUUUUAAAAUAAUUUGAGUCGAUAUUAGGUACCUCUUUUACGUUUUCAGGGCUAUUUUACUAUAGUUAUCGCGAUUUGAUGUUCGGUAAAGUAAUUUAUUUGUAUCUAUAGUCACUGGAAUAUAAUCAUAUAAAUGUACACAGAUGUACACAUUAACACAAUAAUUAAUUUGGUUUGCCAUUUUGUACAAAAUAUCUUAAAAUUGGCAAAAACUUUGUUUCCAGCCCUUAGGUCUUCCAAAUUUCAAUUUUUUUAAAUUUCCUCUUUCACUUUUCUGUUAUAUCAAUAGACAUAUUAACUCUAAUAUAACCGACAUAAAACAAGUAUUAGCGGUCGCUAUGACAUUUCUCUUCGGGAAUUAAUUAUGCCCUGAGGGGAAAACAGAAUCUCGAAAUGGGCGACGGUCUGGCUGUUACUGAGUUAUUCUUCUCCCAGCUGCAUUUGCACAACACGGUAAUUAUACGUUAAUAUCUUGCAAUUACAAUGUUUAUGUUCUGGUAUGUUGCAAUUACCAUGUUUAUAUUGUGGUAUCUGGCAAUUAUUAUAUUAUCUUAAUGACUGAGUAGGUGGAACAAGUGGUCUAACGGAUGUAUGUCUUAAUAUAGGCUUAUAAGCAUAACGGUCUCAAUUAGUAAACAUAUAUACUAUAUAGAUAUUGUUUUAGUCAUUUGUUUACUUAAGUUCAAUUUAGACUCUUUCAAAAUUCAGAAGUUCUCGGACGAUCUGCACGGUGCAACCUUCAGAGAUUGCACAGUGCAAAAGUUCCAGAACUUAUGAACUCGAAAAGUUUUUACCGUAGAAUAUUUAGUAUCCUUUCCCUCUUACAGUACCCUAAUGUAAGUAAUUGUACAUGUUACACUAUGUUCGAGUAGUAAUUACACAUUCACAACUACAAUAACUCUGGAGUUACUACAAGUGGAUAACCCAUUACCCUGGCUGUAAAUAGUUAAUCCGAGUAAUUUUGUGACCUUUUCUGUACUCUUUACUACCAAAUACCUACUUUAUGUCAUGGUAAUUUGUACUUUGGCAAUUACAAAGAUUACUUUUGGAUUUUUGUUACCUAAAUUCCAUUUUCAGAGCUAUAUAUCAUUGUUAUUGUAGUAAAAGAGGCCUUCUACAUAUUGUAAGUCUGUCAUAACAUUGUAAUCGUUGUCAUAGUGCAAACGAUGUCAUUUAUGACAUUAUGAAAGUGAUAUUUGUCAUUAAUCCUCAAACUUAAAAUAAACUGCUUAGAGCUUAAGCAGUAAUUACUCUAAUGUAAUGUAACGUUGUGUGGGUGGGGAUCCUCUUACAUUCCUACUUUUACUAUCUACUCCUACCUUGAUACUGGCAUUUCUUUGAAAUUUCACAAAUUUAAUAUUCUAAAUGUUGAAAAAUGUCAAAAUCCUCAAAUCAUACCUUUUCCAGGAUUCUGAGUGGCAUUCCUCAUCGUGUAAAGCACCUCGCUCCAGCUACACUCACUACGUGCAACAGUCAGAGUGCCUGAGGCAACAAGUACAACAACAUCCUGUGUAUCAAAGUGAGAGUCUCGAGAAUCCGGUGAUCCCUCGCAUCAAGGUCACUCAUCCACCUCGAGAGUCUCGACGAACUUCCAUCUGUUCUCCGCUCAGAUUCACUCGCACCGUGAGCACGGAUUCCAUUGAUUCGCUGGAACGACAGUGUCUCCGUGACCUGAGGUGGCAACGGAUGAUGGAAGCGGAGAUGCAGCAACAAGGCACAAGUCUGCAACGACAGGCUUCUCUCAGGAAUGGAGAUGUAUGUUACCUAUAAUAAUAUUUUUUAAUUUAAAGUUAUUCAUCCACCUUAUUUUAGCAUUUUUUACAAUUAAGGUGACGAAUGAUAACCUAAAUUAAGUUUAAAUGUUCAAAAAACAUUUGAAAGUCUUGGAUUAUCCUCCAAAAGUUCAAUUUUUUCAAGAAAAUAUAAUUUACAAAAACAAAAUCUUGUCUUCCAGAAAACUGGUCAUUAUGACUAUUUUUAAAGAUGUUUUUCUAACAAAAUUUUGUCAAAGAAUAAGUAAAUGUUAGCAAACAUGUUGCAAAUCAUAAAUGAUGUAUUAUAGUCAGUGUUUUGCCGGACCCGUCCGGUCCGGACCGAGGUCCGGUCCGGUCCGGAAAAAAAAAUUUUUUUUUAUUUUAAUAAAACUGUUUUAAAAAUUGCAAAUAAAACAUAUUUUUAAGAGUUUUUAAACGUAAAGAAAGCAGUUUUAGCGCUCCUGGCUUUUUUUAAAAAUAAAAAAAAAAUUUUUCGGACCGGACCGGGCCGAAAAAAUUCUUAUCCGGACCGGUCCGGCAAAACACUGAUUAUAGUAAAUAAAUCUCAAUUUUUGUUUUUAGCUUUAUUAUCCUGGACUUAUUAGCCAAAAUUAUGUAAAACAAUUUUAUUUACUGCUUCUAUAAAAGUGGUUGAAAGUUUUUUUUAACGUAAAUUUAGUCUUUUAUGAAUAAUUUUGGAGUUAUAUUAAAUUCGUUGUUAGAGUACAAUUUAUAUUAUGCUUGAUAAAUCGACCUAUCACAAUAUAAAUGUUUUCUUUUUAGAACGGUGAACCAGUAGCAUCUACAUCGUUAGAAGACCCUUCUUCUUCGUACCCACCGUUGUCUCGAGUAGGAAGAUCUAAAACAGACCCAGGGAACGAUGAGCAAAGCAAUAACAAUAUAAAUAAUGGAAACGGAAGGGUUGCCCUCCAGAGAUCACCGUUAUCACUGUCACAUGGAGAAGCGACACUCAAGAAAAGUGAAACGGUAAUAUUCUACCCUUUUCCUGUUUGUUUUAGGCAUAAGACGACUAGUGUUUUAUGUAUAUUACACUGCGUAGUAAUGAUUUUAUUUGAUACUGUGUUGAUUUUUAGGUAACAAAUUUUUAGUCUAGCAGUAUACAUCUUUAACCAUGAUUGUUAUUAAAUUUACUGAAUUAUUUUUAGUUAAAACGAUCUAGUCCAGACCUCUUCCUCGAUGGCGUGGCUCGGAGUCGUAUCUUGAGUGAUGUGAUAGGCUUAUCUUGUUAUCAACAGAAACUUAUCACUCAGUGUUGGCCUAACAUAUAUUCUACUGGUAUCAAUGGACCUUUUGCCUCACAGCUGUACUCAACAUUUUAUUCUAAGAAUGCGAAGGCCAAAGCUUUGAUGCAAAAGGUGAGUGUAAUAUGUUGUUAUGGUCGAAUUCUUUAGUGUCUACUCUAUGUAUUUUCUCAUUUUCUUAAUGUUUACUGAGCAUGUGGGUACUGUCAAGUCCUACAAUAGCUUAUUGAUGAUUUUUGUUAUCUUUGUGUAAUGAAACGUUAAGAUACGAUUACUUAUUUACGUGUAAUAUAUUGUAGGCUGAUGGUGUGGCUGUUUUCACACAAAGCGACGCUGAUUGUACGACAAUGCACACCAAGCUAACAUUGGAAUUAAUCGACAAAAUUGUAAAGAACCUUGAUGGUCAUCCUGGAGCAAUCAUAACAUACCUAAACGAUGUUGGACAGGUACACAGGACGUUGAGGAAUGAAGGGAUAUCAAUAGCAAUGUGGGAUGAUUUAGGUAUGUUACUUUAUUUAUUUCCAGUUUCUGUUGAGCAAUGUUGUUUUACCUCUCUCUCUCUCUUCUUUUCUCCUACUUUCUUUCUAAGCUCUCUCCUCCAACUUAGCGGUCCUAUGCAGUACCAUACUGAACUGUUUGUUCUUCAGGCGAUGCUAUAUUGGACGGUGUUAGGAAGAACGAUGUGGUACGGAAGCAUAAAGAACUGCGGCGUGCUUGGCUGGCCGUGAUCGCCUUUAUCACUGAUAACAUAAAACAAGGUCAGAGUCUGUUCCGAUCUAGUCCGUCGACGGAAGGCAGCGAGCUUCGGUCCAGUUAA